AAACACACUCACUCUCUCUCUCUCUCUCUCUCUACUAAAGAAGCAACAGGAUGAUAGAACAACCUGCUGAGAGGAAUUCGUGAGGAGAUAGAGAGGGAGAGGGAGAGGGAGAGGGAGAGCUCAUAAACCAUGGCUACCCACUGUAUUCCUAAUACCCACGCUACUAAAUUUCCAUUACUGUUACUGUUUUCUUCAACAAAGAGUCCUAUGCUUUGUUCUAAGUCAGCUCAACUGAGAUGCUUGCGAAUUUACAGUUCCAUUAACAAGAGAAGUUUGAGGGGUUCUUUGGCCAGUCACGAGAGUAAUUUCUCUCUGCAAAGGUCUGUUCAGCAGUUUUGUCGUAUAUUUGGAGGAAGGCACAUAUUUGGAGGAAAGAGAAAGCCACCUUAUUUAUUUCCAAAGAUCAACGACGAUUUGAUAUGGGGAUUGCCUUUGGACAGUGACUUAAAAAAUCUUAAUAUUUCAUACCCAUCGAUAUGUGCUCUGUCCUCUGGCAUAACAGCUUGGUUGUGUGGUGUUCAAGUUGCACAUGCGGCAGAAGGAGAGUCUAUGAAUAUGGUUUAUGAGAUUGGGGAGCUCUUUGAACUUGGUAUUCAACUAUCUUACUUGCUGUUCCUCUUAGGAUUCCUUGGACUUGGAAGUUUCUUCGUUGUCAGACAAAUCUUAGUUCGCAGAGAGCUUGACCUCUCUGCUAAGGAGCUACAGGAGCAAGUAAGAAGUGGAGAUGCAAGUGCCACUGAGUACUUUGAGCUUGGUGCGGUGAUGUUGAGGAGGAAGUUCUAUCCUGCUGCUACCAAAUAUUUACAACUGGCAAUUGGGAAAUGGGAUGGGGACCAGCAGGAUCUUGCGCAGGUGCACAAUGCCCUCGGUGUGAGCUAUGUGAGAGAUGGGAAGCUGGACAAAGGCAUCGUUGAAUUCGAGAAGGCAGUGAAGCUUCAACCUGGUUAUGUCACAGCCUGGAAUAACCUGGGAGAUGCCUACGAAAAAAGGAAGGAUUUGAGGGCAGCCUUAAAAUCAUAUGAAGAAGCCCUCCUCUUUGAUCCCAACAACAAGGUGGCAAGGCCACGACGUGAUGCUCUAAGGGACAGGGUCAAGCUUUACAAGGGAGUGCCUUUAAAAUCAGAGGAGCGGUAAUCUCUCUUUCUUGUUUUUGUUCCUGAGAUCUUCUCUCUCUUGUUUUUUGUUCUUCAGAUCAAUGUUGUUUUUGGUUCUUAAUGAAAUAAAAUUUUUUGUUAUAUUUUUAUUUUCUCCAACAGUUAGUGUACGACUCUUAAUAAAGCAGAAUGGUAGAUCAGAAUUCAUAUUGUUGAUUCCAA